AUGGCGAAUAAUAAUAAUGAUGAUGAAUAUAAUCAAUUUCUUCAAACACAUCAAUUACAACUUAUUUUUAAUAAUAUACCCAGACAUCUUUAUAGACGUUUGUAUGAGAAAAUGAAAAAUGAAAUAUUUGAUAGUGGAUCAUAUUUUCAAUUAUGUCCAAUUGAUGAUGAUGACGAAUUAGAAAAACCAUAUAAUCCUGAACGUCGAUAUUAUGUUUCGACACUUAAAAAUGUUAUACUCGAUCCUGAGAAAGAUGAAAAUGCAAUAUUUCUUAUUGAUCAUGCUUGGACAUAUAGAAUAAAAGAUGCAAGAAAUGAUUUAUAUUCGAUUUCAAAUUUAUAUGAACGUAUGACAUCAUUAAUGAAUAUUAAUUCUGAUUUGAAAGAAGAUGGAAUUGAACUUAUAUUACAACGUAUGUGGAAAUUUAAUCAAACUUAUACAUUAACAUCAACACAAAUUGAUCCACAAUUAGAUACAGAAGUAGCACAAGAACCUUAUUGGUAUAUAAUGGAUGAAUUAGGUUCAUCAAUACGUCAUUCAGAUACGAAUGCUAAUGUUUAUUGUACAUCAUUUUUUUUCGAACCAACUCAAACAAUGUUUACAUUACUUUAUCCAAUUGUUCGUAUUGAACAACCUUACAGUGAAAUCUUUCGAAAUUUUGUUUAUGAUAACAGUAGUAUAUUGGAUCGAAAUAUUAAAUUAUUACCAUGGCAACGUGUUAAUUAUCGUAAAAAAGUUCUUCGUAGUUUAACAAUCGAACAUUGUCCAGAAAUAUUUACAAAAAGACUUCAAAAUAAUACAGAAAUAUUUGAAGAAUGCCAUAAAAAUGAUCUUUAUGAUAGAUCGACAAUUCUAAUUGAACCAACAAAAUUUGAUAAAGAUCAUAUCUUAAAAGUUUACACUGAUCAUGAUCUGAUUAAACAAUAUUUAACUGAUCAACAUUAUCAAUUAAUAGAUAAUUAUGAUCAAGCUGAUAUUAUAUUUCUUAAAAAACAAAUUCAAGAUUUUCGUUUUGAAACUUUACAUAAUACAUUAAUUAAUCAAUUUCCAUUUGAAAAUAUCAUAACAAAUAAAGAAUUGUUGGCAUUAGUUUCAAGAAGAUGGAAAUCAUUAUACAGUUCAUCAGCAGUUGAAAAUGAUCCAUAUAUUGAUUCACAUGAAAGUCCACCAUGGUUACCAACAACAUUUGUUCUAACUUAUGAAUUACCACAAUUUGCUGUUUAUUUUCAAUAUCGUGAAGAUCAGAAAAUAGAUAAUACUUGGAUAGUUAAACCAAUCAAUUUAACACGUUCAAUUGAUGUAUCAGUAACGAAUUUAAUUGAUACGGUUAUUCGUUUACCAGAAUCUGGCUCGAAAAUUGCUUGUAAAUAUGUAUCAACACCAGUUUUACUUAAAAUACCUGAUAUUGAAGGUGGGGAAGUAAAAUUUGAUGUUCGUUAUAUAUUACUUUUACGUAGUAUUCGGCCAUUAAAAUUAUAUGUUCAUAAAAUUUUUUGGCUUCGUAUUGCCAAUAAACCAUUUUCAAUGAAACAACUCGAUGAUUAUGAAACACAUUUUACUGUUAUGAAUUAUCGAGCAAAUACACAUUUAAGACAAAUGGAUUGUGAAACAUUUAUAACAAUGUACAAUGAACAACAUGCUCAAAACGGUGAAACUUGGUCAGUUAUAGAACAACGUAUAUUUCAAAUGUUCCGAGAACUUUUUCAUUGCGCAACAAUUGAAGAACCACCGCUUGGUAUUGGUUCGUGUGUAUCAUCACGAGCUUUAUAUGCAGCGGAUUUAAUAUUAGAAUUAAAUAAUAAUAAUGAAAUUCAACCAAAAUUAUUAGAAGUGAAUUUUGCACCUGAUUGUGAUCGAGCAUGUACUUCUCAUCCGGAUUUUUAUAAUCAAGUAUUUAAUGUCCUCUUUCGAGAUCUGAUUGAUGAGCAGAAUGUUAUAGACAUCUCAGUAUAA